AUGUCCACAGAACUAAACAAGAAGUUGAAAUUAAUAAUCGUUGAUCCUAGGAACUUGAGGAAGACAGAAGUUCCUGUCAAUAAAUCAGUUAAACGGCCACCUUUCCGACAUGCAAAGACAGUUUCUCAACAGAAGGGUGAUUUACCGGUUGUGAUGCACACAUUUGAGGGAGGGAGGGUGGAGAAGAUAUCUCUUUCUUCGAAGUCCAUCAUCAACAAAAAGAAAGAUAGUGAUCAAAGUUUGUCAAGAAAUCUUGUGAUAAAGACAGAUCCCCAAUUUUGUUUAAACAAUCAUACCGGUCAAGGACGGUCUUAUAGGGCCGCCCUUAAAAAACCCGUGGCCUUUGUCCCAUCGCGUCCCAGCGACCACACUCUUGAGUAUGCCAAUCCGUGGCAAUCAUCAUUUGAUUUCGAUGGUAAAAAACCUUUGAGGCCACUUUUUCGUAUUAAGAGCGACAGACGUAGGCGUGGGAGCGUUCAUUCACAGCCUUCUGAGCUUCCUCUUAAUACUAUUGAUCCGCAUUUUCAUUUCAGCCGAAAUUCAUUGGGUAAAGUCAAGUCAAAAGGGAGAAAUAAUUCUUCCUCAGAAUAUUGCUCAACAUCAAUUCUUAAAGUUAGUCAGAAUAGUCGGCGCAAGGCCUGA